AUGGAAACCGUGCAAUAUUCUACGUGGGCGGAAUUGUUUAAAGUUCAUGCACGUUCAAAUCGUGUUCUCAAUCAUAUUAUUCCUUCGUCCACGGCCAAAGCUCCUUCCACGGAUGAAGAAAAGGAUGAGUGGUCUACUAUUGAUGCCACCGUUUUGAAAUGGAUCUAUGGCACAAUUUCCGGUGACCUUCUAAACACCAUUCUUGAACCCGAUUCUACUGCUCAAGCCGCAUGGGAGCGUCUUCGUGACAUACUUCAGGAUAAUAAGUCAUCUCGGGCCGUCACUCUUGAGCAGGAAUUCUCCAAUACCUCCAUGGAGGAUUUUUCCCAAUGCCUCGGCCUAUUGUCAACGUCUCAAAAUGUUGGCAGAUCAACUUAA